GUCAAAAGUCAACGUGAUCAAAGCUUCGCCCCUAAAAACACACCUUCACCACCAGUGUCUGAGCAAGGAGGUCUCUAUUAAAUCUCCUCGGCCUGAGCACCUACUGUAAUACCGGCUAGAGACCUAGAACUAAAGUUAUGUCGUGAUGUUUACAGAUUCCGGGUUUUGUUAGAGAGGAGAGCACGGGAUAAAAGGCGCGGUAACCCCCGGGUAGGUUUCAGACGACCCUGAUAGAGCGAGCGCACCAUGUCGUUUGGCAGGCUCCAAGAAGAUCGGCUCAGCUGCUACCAGAACUUUGACAUUCUUCCAGUCUGGCGUCUACAGUGUGCGGAUUUUCCUCAGAAUCUUGUUAGUGUUAUUGGAUAAACCCUCCAUUCCUGCGUGAACCACUCAGAGAGCCUAACGUAGGCGAGCGUGAGAAGGGAGGAUCAGAGAUCACAGACGAUAUCACUGAGGAACAACUCGGUCAGGCAGUACGCUGGUCUGACUGCUAUGCUCAAGGACAGUUUCCGAAUUAUUAUCCGUGUCUUGUGCAGUUUUUUUCGGUCAGAAACCAUGAAGUUGAAAGCUAGGUUGGUCGCGGGGGGACUGUUUCUCACGCUGGUGACUUGCGGGGUGCUGGUUUUGAACGGAAACCUCCGGGUUGCCGUGGAAUUCACGGCGGACCCGGCGUCGGGGCAGGGUGCGGGUCGCGCCGCCCAGGCUGCGGAAGCGUCCCGGUACGGAGGCAAGGCCGCCUUCGGGCCGGGCAACAAGAAACUCUUGAACGAAGAAUACGGCGUGAACAGCAACGUAAGCCUUAGCGCCAUGAGUUCGGGACAACAUCCUAAUCUCAAAUCUCCAGAAAAGGGACUCCAGAAAAAAAGCAACGUCGUGGAAAAACCACCCUCUCCAACGGUUGAUCAUAAACAACUCAACAACAACGUCCAGAAAAACAGGACUUCCCCGCCGAGAUAUGCCGGCUCGAAACUUAAGAUUCUCCUCCGGCACCCCUUAUACAGAAUACCAGAACGUGUCUCGACAUCAGACUAUCUUCUCAAGCCGGCCAGAUGGCUCCAUGCGACGCCAGAUGAGAGAAAAUAUAUCAAGUUGGGAGAAAAUAGCGAGGAAGAAAAAAGACAUAAGCAUAAAAAGCAUCAUCACUCCAAAAGUAUAAAAAAAAGCAAGGAAAAAGACCUGCCAGCACCAACUUACAAAAGCGAGGACAUACUUAACGAAAAGAAACCAUGGCGUCUGUUACAAUUCGGCAUCACCAGAUCCUCGCUGUAUGGGAGAAACGACCCCAACGUGGAAAGAGUGCUGGAUGCCCUGCGUACCCAGGAGGUGACUUAUGUCGAAAUGAAGCCAGGAGGAACCCAGCUAAAGCUGUUCAUGGAGUUGGCAGACACCAGCAUUGGCAUGUUCAAGCCAUGGAGGUGGCCCAGAGAUAGGGAGACGCCGCCCGACCAUUUCUACUUCACAGACUACGAGCGUCACAACGCGGAGAUCGCCGCGUACCACCUGGACCGGGUCCUGGACUUCCGCCGCUGCCCGCCGGUCUCCGGGCGCUGGUUCAACGUCACCAGUGAGAUCAGACACAAGUCCGAGGACGACAAGCUUCUCAGGACCUUCUUUGUUUCACCAGUUGGUAAUGUAUGUUUCUUUGGGGACUGUUCGUACUACUGCAACACGGAGCACAUGAUCUGUGCCACACGGGACCACCACAUGCUGGAGGGCUCCUUAGCCGCGUACCUCCCCCGCUGGCAGGAGGCACCCAGGAAAACAUGGAAACAUCCAUGGAAGAGAUCCUACUCCAGGGUCAAGAAGGCAGAAUGGGAGGUGGUGGACGGGGAAGCGUUUUGUAGAGAGGUCCGAAACACUCCACCGUACGACACGGGGCGCAAGUUUGGGGACCUCCUAGACCUGGCUGUGUACGACUUCCUCAUGGGUAACAUGGACAGACAUCACUACGAGACAUUCAAAGCAUUCGGCAAUAAUUCGGCACCCCUUCACUUGGACCAAGGAAGAGCAUUUGGCCGCACCACACAUGACGAAUUGUCUAUUCUAGUACCUAUUUCCAGCUGUUGUAGCAUACGUAAAUCCACGUGGGCUCGGCUCCAGCUCUUGGCUCGCGAGGAGUACCGCCUUAGCGACGUGAUGCGAGAAUCGAUGCAGUCUGACCCCAUCGCUCCCAUCCUCACUGAGCCACACCUUCUCGCUUUGGACCGACGCCUUCGCAUCAUCCUAAACACCGUCGACGAGUGCAUCACGAAAAAAGGAGCCGAAAACGUCCUUUUAGAAGAUCAAGAACACAUAGAAAACAUCUUGAUACCUAAACCUGCACAAUGAUUAUUAUUAUUAAAUUAUUAAUCAUAAUUAUGUUUCGCAAAUAAUUUCAUCAGGUUGGUAAACGAAUGAAUAGCAAAGCUCUUUGAUCACCACCAUUAAUUUUUACGAUCCGAUGUUUCGAUGACCGUCUGUCAUCUUCAUCAGGGCAAAUGCAUUGUUGACAGUAAAAACUGGCU